CACGAGUCGAGCAAGUCGUACAGCCCAAAGGCACCAAGCAAGCAACAAGGACUCGAGCGAGCAGCACGAGGUUUCGAGCAAAGGGAAGCCGCGUACGUCGUCGUACAGCAAAGCCCUUGCUCAGUUGCUCUCUCUUGUUGCGAACGAGCAUUUGCUUGCGCCAAACGGCCAAAGCUUAAUCUGUCCGCGAAAGAACGAUCGCACCAGCUAGCCAGAGCUAGCAGGCAAGCAGCUCGAUCGUCGGCAGCAAUGGAGGUGAAGGUGCUGAGCUCCAAGCUCGUGAGGCCCGCCUACAAUGCCGGCGCGGCCCCGCCGGCGGGGGGCGAGUACAUCCCACUGUCCGUCUUCGACCGGGUGACGUACAAGAUGCAGAUGGCCAUCAUCUACGCCUUCCCGCCGCCGGCACCGUCGACGGCGGCGAUCGAGAAGGGCCUCGCCACGGUGCUGUCCGAGUACCGCGCCUUCGCGGGGCAGCUGGGCUCGGCCCCCGACGGCACCCCCGCGGUGCUCCUCAACGACCGCGGCGCGCGCUUCGUGGAGGCGACCGUGGACGCCGACCUCGUGGACAUGGCGCCCGCCAAGCCCACCCCGGAGCUCCUGCGCCUGCACCCGGACCUGGAGGGCGAGGAGCUCCAGGAGGUGGUGCUCCUCCAGCUCACCCGGUUCCGCUGCGGCUCCCUCGCCGUCGGCUUCACCUCCAACCACGUCGCCGCCGACGGCCACGCCACCAGCAACUUCCUCGUCGCGUGGGGCCGCGCCACCAGGGGCCUCCCCACGGGCCCGUCCCCCGUGUACCACCAGGCGGGGCUCUUCAAGCCCCGCGCCUCGCCGCGCGUCGAGCACGACCACCGCCGCAGGGAGUACCGCCCCGCCGGCGGCGAGCCGGACCACGGCCACGGCGAGGGCGCCGAGAACAUCGUCAUCCACAAGGCGCACUUCACCAAGGACUUCAUCGCGUCGCUCCGGGGCAGGGCGUCGGAGGGCCGCGGCCGCCCGUUCAGCCGGUUCGAGACCAUCCUCGCCCACCUGUGGCGCACCAUGACGCGCGCCCGCGGCCUGAACCCCGACGAGACCUCGCAGAUCCGGCUGUCCGUGGAUGGGCGCCACCGGCUGGGCCUCCCCGCCGAGUACUUCGGCAACCUGGUCCUGUGGGCGUUCCCGACGGCGACGGUGGCGGACCUCCUGGGCCGGCCGCUGAAGCACGCGGCGCAGGUGAUCCACGACGAGGUGGCCCGCGUGGACGGCGCCUACUUCCGGUCGUUCAUCGACUUCGCGAGCUCCGGCGCCGUCGAGAGGGAAGGCCUGACGCCGAGCGCCGUGUGCAAGGACGUGCUGUGCCCGGACGUGGAGGUGGACAGCUGGCUGACGUUCCCGUUCUACGAGCUGGACUUCGGGACGGGGAGCCCGACCUACUUCAUGCCGUCCUACUUCCCCACGGAGGGGAUGCUGUUCCUCGUGCCGUCCUACAUCGGCGACGGCAGCGUCGACGCCUUCGUCCCCGUCUUCCAGCACAACCUCGAGGCGUUCAAGGAGUGCUGCUACGCCAUGGAGUAGGAGGGGAUUGCAGCAUGCAUGCAUGCGACAAAUUGGUCAAGAGAAAAAAAAACGUUAGUGGUUAGUAAGUUCCAGCGCUGCAUGCGGUUGGUGGAAGUCAAGUCUGCGGGGGUCGACGAUUAUUUGCAUUGGUUUGGUUGCGGCGCACGCUAAGGCGUCGCUGGUUGCACCGUGCGUACGUGAAGAGGAUGGAGCUAGUAGUCGUGGUCGAGGUUUUUUUUUUUGAGGCGCUUCACUUGCAUCUCGAUCGGUCGGAUCAGGGGGCAUCUUGUUUGUUUCAUCGAGUUUUGGAGAUGUAAAUUGGUGGUGAUUUAAUUAAUGAUGCUAAUGGAAAUUAAUAAUAUUGAUGGUUCUUAAUAAAA